CCCACACACACGCACGUACACACACACGCAUACACACUUAUUGGCUUGCACACAGCACGAAAGGUUCAGCCAGUGAUUGUUUUUUUUUUGUCCAAGCUGCAUAAAGCUCCCAAGAAAGCAAGUCCACAGUACACGCCAUGAUGAACGAGGCCAAUAAAGACGCACUCAGGGGUGUCAACAAAAAGCCCGGCCUGCAGAUAUGGACCAUAAACAAGCUGCAGAUGGUGCCCGUGCCGGCCAGAAACUUCGGCAACUUCUUUGAGGGCGAUUGUUACAUAGUUCUGCAUAUGAGUCAGAAGACGGGCUCGGCCGACAUCCACUACUGGAUCGGGAACACUUCGUCGCAGGACGAGCAGGGAGCGGCGGCCAUCUACGUCACCCAGCUGGACGAGCACCUGGGCGGCGCGCCCGUGCAGCACAGGGAGGUGCAGGGCCACGAGUCGGUCCGCUUCAGGGGCUACUUCAAAAACGGGAUCAUCUACAAAAAGGGGGGCGCGGCCUCCGGUUUCAACCAGGUGGAAACCAACGCCUACGACGUCCGGCGGCUGUUGCACGUCAAAGGGCGGAAGCACGUCACGGCCUCCGAGGUGGAGGUGUCAUGGAGGAGUUUCAACACCGGCGACAUUUUCCUUCUGGACCUGGGCAAUGUCAUCCUUCAAUGGAACGGAGAAAAGAGCAACAGAAGGGAGAAGCUCAAGGCCACCUUGCUGGCUCAGGAGAUCCGGGACCGGGAAAGAGGCGGCCGGGCUCAGAUCGGCGUGGUGGAGGGCGGGGACGAGCGCGAUUCCCCUGAGCUGAUGAAGACCAUGACGGAGGCGCUGGGCCAAAGGAGCGGCGCCGUCAAGGCCGCCGUCCCCGACGACGACUCCCGCAAGCCGCACAACAACGACAACGUCAGGCUCUACCAUGUUUAUGACGUCAGCGGGAAUCUGGUGGUUCAAGAAGUGGCCACGCAGCCGUUGACCCAAGACCUGCUUCGAUCCUCUGACUGCUACAUCUUGGACCACGGCGGCUCCAGCGUGAUGGUCUGGAAAGGAAAACGGGCCUCCAAGGCGGAGCGGCAGGGCGCCCUGAACCGGGCGGUGGGUUACAUCAAGGCCAAGAACUACCCGACCAGCACCGGCGUGGAGGUGAUGAGCGAGGGCGGAGAGUCGGCCAUGUUCAAGCACCUGUUCAAGGAGUGGAGGGACAAGGAUCAGACGCAGGGACUGGGAGCCACCCACGGCGUGGGCAAGAUAGCAAAGGUCGACCAGGUGAAGUUCGACGUCAUGGAGCUCCACGCUCGUCCCCAGCUGGCGGCGCAGCAGCGCAUGGUGGACGACGGCUCGGGGGAAGUCAAGGUGUGGCGGAUCGAGAAUUUGGAGCUGGCGGAGGUCAACCCGAGAACCUACGGGCAGUUCUACGGCGGCGACUGCUACUUGGUGCUGUACACGUACCGGGUGUCGAACAGGGAGCAGCACAUCCUCUACAUGUGGCAGGGGCGCCGCGCCACCAGCGACGAGGUGACGGCCUGCGCCUACCAGGCCGUGCGCGUGGACGCCGAGUACGGCGGAGCGCCGGUGCAGGUGCGGGUGCUCAUGGGGAAGGAGCCCCGCCAUUUCCUGGCCAUCUUCAAAGGCAAACUAAUCAUCUUUGAGGGGGGCACCGGUCGACCCGACGUGGUCAACCCCGUGGGCGGGGCGAGGCUGUUCCAGGUUCGAGGGACCAACGAGCUGAACACCAAAGCCACGGAAGUGCAGGCCAGGGCGUCGUCCCUCAACAGCAACGACGUCUUCCUCCUCAGGACCGACCACUCGUGCUACCUGUGGUACGGAAAGGGCUGCAACGGGGACGAGAGGGUGAUGGGGAAAGCCAUUUCCGACGUGCUAUCGAAGCAGGACAAGCAGGUGGCGAUGGAGGGUCAGGAGCCUGCUGAAUUCUGGGUAGCUCUCGGAGGGAAGGCCCCCUACGCCAGCGACAAGAGCCUCCAGAGGGAGGAGCCUCUUCACAGCCCCCGCCUGUUCGAAUGCUCCAACCAGACGGGUCGGUUUCGGAUGAGCGAAGUGGACGACUUUGCGCAGAGCGACCUGGAUGAGGAGGACGUCAUGCUGCUGGACACCUGGGAGGAGAUAUUCCUGUGGCUGGGGAUCUCCGCCAACGAGUACGAGACCAAGGAGGCGUGGAACUGCGCCCGCGAGUACCUCCGCACCCACCCGGCGGGCCGCGACGCCGACACGCCCGUAGUCGCCGUCAAGCAGGGCUUCGAGCCCCCCACGUUCACCGGCUGGUUUCACGCGUGGGACCCCCACAAGUGGAGCGCGGGGAAGUCGUAUGAGCAGAUGAAGAAGGAGCUGAACAGCGACAUGUCGCUGUCACAGAUCAAUGUUAACCUGAACAAGACCACUUUGAAUUCGGGCGGGGGUGGCUACCAGGCUCCCGGAGGGCCCAUGAGCCCCCCACCUCCGUUCUAUAGGAGCCAUUUAAGUGACUUGCCCCCCCACGCCACCAGCCCGACUACACCCCACCCGUCCUUCGCCGCCCCCGGGAAGCGCGUGGCCCCCGAGCUCCUCAUCAACAAGCCCGCCUCGGAGCUUCCUCCUGGCGUGGACCCCUGCCACAAAGAGAACUUCCUGUCGGAUGACGACUUCGAGCGGCUGCUCGGGAUGGGCCGCGUUGAAUUCCAGCGCCUGGCGGUGUGGCGGCAGAACGAGCUGAAGAAGAAGGCGGGGCUAUUUUAACGCUGGUUCAAAGCAUAAAUACGCCACAAAUGAAUGAUGACUCAUGAAAACAAUUUCAGACUCGUAAAAAGUAGAUUAUUAUAAUUAUUUCAUAUAAAUUCACCGGAAGUGCGCAGGUGGACGCACGCGUGGCAACCGAUCUCUGUAAUCUCCACUAACAACCCAGGCGCAAAUUAGCAUUAGCAUUAGCUUUGUCUCUCAGUUGAGAAUCAUCACCUCAAAAUACUUCAUUGACACCAAUUACUGUACUACUUUCCUGACUUUGGUGGCAUCUUGGAGCAAGAACACAAAAUAAUUUCCACAGAAAAUAACAUAAAAAGAUGAAGUUAUGAAUAGCAAAUAGUGAUUUUAAAAUAGUGCACAGGCACAGAUUCACCAUAUUUCAUUUUUAUUUAUUCAUUUACCUCGUGAAACAGUUCAGUGAUGCAUUGUAAAUGAUCAAAUAAAAAUGGUAAGGUAUUUGUAAUUACAUCAAGUUAAUCAUAAACCUAUUUGACAAUUUUUAUCAUUAAAAUAAGCUAUUUUACAAUUUUUGUACCUCAUUGAUGGUCUCCCUUUAAAAUCCAAAUAUGGCCCUUGGUUGCAAUGGGGAAAAAAAUAUUUUCAUAAUUUAUUACCUAAUUUAAUGUAUUUUGUGUAUAGGGCUACUGCAUGGGCUCAAUCUUAUAUCAUGUUCAAAUAAUUGCAAUCUUAUUUUGUUUAUAUAUAUUCUAAUAAAUUAUUACAAAAAUCAGUGAUGGCCUCCGUUCAUGAAUGUUUUUGUGUGUGCAGAGUGAGAACAUUUCUACUCGUGUACUAAUAAAUAAAUCCCUCUGUUGCUAACAAAUACAGUAGCACUAAAAGAACCGCAAGUAUAUCGUAGCUGUAUUCAAUCCAUAUGACAAUAAUUUCUCGUGAUUUUCCAACUCGUUUUAGAACCAGAACAGGAGCAUUUAAUCCGCGUUGCAGGCAAAUUCAAAUGUUAAUAACCAAAACAGCAGCAGCCAGAAUAACCUUGAUUAUUAUUAAACAAAAGCGGCACGGUGAAGCAGCUGGUAAAGCGUUGAGCUCACAGUUUUGAGGACGCGGGUUCAAUCCCGCCUCCGCCUGUGCGGAGUUUGUAUGUUCUCCCCGUUUUCUCCGCGCCACAUACACGCAGUAUAGUGUAUAAACGCAAUGUAUACAAGUAAAAAUUACAACUUGAUGCUCUCUCUCGCUCUCUCUCCUAAUAUUACAACAUUUUGAACUUUUCUUAAAUCAAAUAUUUAAAAAAUGAACCGUAUCACAAUCUUUAGAUUCCAGGACGAUAUAAUUUUUUUCUGGUAAAAUUAGAAUUUUUCUUUCGUUAACUUUUUCCAUUAGAAACGUUUUCAUG